AUGCCGCCUGGUGGCCCACUGAAUUCUGACAGUGAUUUGGAGAGUGUAAUCUCACUGCAAGUAGAAAAACCCAAGUCAAGACGCAAUAGUGUUGCCGAAAGAUACAUCUGUUCGAUUGAGGGAUGUAAACAAACAUUUCGGCGUUUGGAUCAUUUGGACAGACAUGAAUAUAAACACACGGGAAUUAAAAAGCAUGCUUGCCAUUUUGAGGGAUGUGACAAAAUCUAUUCCAUACUGACACAUCUUAAGCGGCACAUACGGACAACCCACGAACGGAAGGUGGAUGUGCCGAAUAAAACAAUACCCUGUGAGGUUGAUACCUGUGACAAAAUGUUCACCAGCUUAACGAAUAUGCAUCGCCAUAUACGCGAAGUGCAUGAGAAUCCCAAGGUAUACAAAUGUCAAUUUUGUGAAAUGAAAUUUAGUCAAAAAUUGAAAAUGCGACGACAUGAAAUCAGCAAACAUACCGGCAUUUAUCCUCACACUUGUGAGAAAUGUUCGAAAGGUUUCUAUCAGAAAUGGCAAUGGGAGAAACAUGAAGAGUCAUGUAAAAUAUAUCCAUGUCUAACGUGUCAUAAGAAAUUCGAAAAAUGGACCCUGUUUCAAAAGCACUGUAAGGAAACACAGCAUACAUGUAAAUAUUACAAAUGUGAAUACUGUGAGAGUGCCUAUGUUAAGCCGAGUGAUUUACAAAAACAUGUUGCUGCUAAACAUAUGGCCGAAGGGGAAAACCAAACCCAAACUGGGGAAUAUAAAUGUCACUACGAGGGAUGUGAUCGCAGCUAUGCCUAUGAAAGAAAUCUUCGCCAACACAUUACAACAAGCCACGAGGGAAAGAAAUUUGAAUGUACCGAGGUGGAUUGUAAACGAGAAUUUAGUUCAUUGCAAAAUCUUCAAAAGCAUGUGCAAAGAGAUCAUGUAUUAAUGGCAAAUAAGAAAAAGAAGGAAAGUAAAACGAAUAAACGUAAAAAACGUAAAGACGCUGGCGUUCCCAAGAUUUCGAAUCUUGCAAAGCUUACGGGUAUCAGUGCAGGUACUGAGUUAAAUAAACGUUUACAAAAUCGUGACACUGAAGCUUUGGCUGAGGUAGCUCAACAAUUGAUAGAGGAGCAACAUGUCGAGGAUUCAUGUUCUGAAUUUGAUGUUAGUGGUGAUCAGAGGAGUGAUGCCAAGACCUCCUUGGUAAAGGAAACCGAAAAUUUUGAGGAGCAAACGACUUCUAUGGAAGUUGGAACUGAAAAGAAUAGAGCUUCCAUCAAAAACUCUACGGAAAAUGAAUCCAUGGAUCAGGGUCCUGAAAUGAACGGAAAUAUUGAGAGUGAUCUUAAUACUGCUGAUUUGAAUUAUGUACUACAAUCGAGUUUGGAUGCAGCAUUAUCUUGA